AUGCAAAGGACAACGCUUUCCCUGUUGCUGCCAUCGCUCACUGUGCCAGGGAAAGCUUCACCUGCAGAACUGGGGGCUGUCACGGGCAGGAACAAGGGAGCGCUCCUCGGGGGAGGGAGGGAAGUGGGGGUACCCUGCGGGGAUUACGCAGGGCCUUAUCAGCUACCGAGACGAAACUCUGGGCACGCCUCUAACGGGGGAACCCCUGGGCGGCCGCCUUGUGGGCCAGGCGGGGCUUGCGAUCCGGCCCUGCAGGCAGAGACGGUUCUGAGCGGGCGGGUGGCGGGCGUCGGAAGGGGGCAACGGCGCCCUCGAGUCUCCUGUCGCGCUGUUGUUGCCUAUGGGAGGCUCCGCGGCGCGGGACAGAGGGGGCAAGGCUGUCUUUCUUAUUCGUGGUGGGUGUUGCGUACGCGCUCUGCGAGGCCAACCGCACCACCAACCCUGAGCCCCGCUCCCUCCCAGGGACGCCUGAGGCGGGCGCCGCCCGAGGGCCCACACGGAAGGCGUUUUCUCCCGACCCAGGGAAAGGUCUUUUCUGACCGCGAUCGCCUCCCUUGGUUGCCGGGCAGCAUCCGGCUGGGCCAGGUCCUCGCCUCGUUGAACGCUACGAUCCAAGGAGGGGUCCAGAGCCUCAUCCUCUUAGCCAGAUUAUUCCCGACGCUGAUUUUGCUAAUCCUUGCUAAACUGCCUGCGCUCCCCCCUUCCUUCUCCUCGUCGGCCAGUCGCCAGGAUUUGCAAGCGCCCCACUCCGAAGCGACCCCGCUCCCAAGCCGUGAACGCCAGAGGGCUCUGGGGGAUUUUCCGGCUGAGAAGACUGGCGCUCCUGUCGAAGCCCUGGUCAAACUGUGGAAUGCGGAGAUGACUCGGACUGUUGACACGAUUGCUCCUGCGCGCCCUCUUCUGUGUAGAGCUCAUGCAGCUCCAUGGUACACCCCGGAGCUGAGAGCGAUGAAACAAAAUAGGAGAUGGCUUGAGCGGAAGUGGAGGCGAAUUUCCGACAGAUGCAAUUAUGCGCUGAAUAGUAGAGCUGGAAGUGGCUGUAACACCAUCUACUGCUUGAGUCCUACUGGCGGAGAAGGCCAUGGGAUUUGCUGGAAGUACACCAACCCUGGAGCCCACCAGGUUCCAUCCCUGACAAUCGGUCAGCCUGUUACUUGUACUGGAACUGCUUCUCAGAUAAAGCGGGUGCCCAAGCCGUGAGCCCCCGGCGCCAGGCAGGAACCGACCCAGGUAAGGUGGCGAGCAGAAUCGGUGCCGGAGUCAGAGAGGGACGACUUUGCUCCUCUGUGGCGGAGAC